CGUCAUGCUGGCACCAGGUUGGGAGCAGGUGGAAGAUGCCCAAGGUCGAGUGUUUUAUGUGAAUCACGAGACCAAGGAGACGUCAUGGACGCCGCCGUCAACUUUGCCUUUGCCCCCUGGGUGGGAAGAGCUUCGAGAUCCCCAGGGCCGUGUCUACUUUGUCGACCAUGCUACCCGCACGACGACAUGGAUUGACCCACGGGAAUCCCAACUUCAACAAAUGGCCAACGAGUUGGAUCGGUAUGCGAAUCAAGCGCCAUCUCGUGACACGACCACCACCGUGGCAGAAUCUGUUGCGGGUUACGCACCGACACCUUUGGACGUUUCCAGUCAAGCAUCUCCAGAUUCGUCUGGCCACCGCGCCAGUAUGCCGAAUCUUUCACCUCCGACAGCUUCGCCACAUGCGUUUGUCCAUCCCCUUGCCCAGCGCUCUUCAUCGUCAAGCUCAUCGAGCCUCCAUCUCGCCAUUUCGGCACCCCUUGUUCGCACGUCGUCCUUUGGUGGCACCGCUCUUUCGUUGUACUUCCCGCCCAUUGUCGUCCCGGACAGUGCGCGACAAGACUGCACACAGUGCCGAUUAAAGUUUGGCGUGUUGCGCCGUCGUCACCACUGCCGACUCUGCGGCGGUCUCUUCUGCGCCGAAUGUGCCAAUUUUAAAGCUCCCGUCCCAACUUUGGACGGACGGUCGACUGUGUGCCGCCGGUGCUACCGCAACACUCAAGCGAACGACUAUUACUCGAUUGUGGGUUUGGUCGCGCUGCUGGCCCUGCAACCAGGCUCCAUUCCGCAAAAAGUCGAAAAGUUGCGCGCACUCGCGACCGCAUUGAGCACUGGCCGCAAAGAGACGGACAGGUCGAUGGGCCCCGAGCUAUUGACGCAACUGAACGACCUGGCAAGCGUCGGAGGCAUCGGAGUGUUGUGCGGGAUGCUUCACCCCACGGACCCGCAGGAUGUUCAAAUCCAUGUCUUGAUGGUGCUGGCCAACGCGCUCACCCUCUACUACGCCGGGAAUUCGCUCCAGGCAGCGAAAGAGUUCACUCAAACCGGCGCGUGCAAGGUCUUGAUGCAAUGCCUGUCCAGUGGGGUCGAAGAUCUCGAACUGCAGGCGAUUCGGACCAUGUUUUACUUGUGCAAGUCAACAGGCACUACUGGACAGGAUGUUCUGCGUCGAGUUGGAGCUACGAUGCGUUUGUGCCAACUCUUGAGUGCGUCGUCGGAUGCGUCCAUCCCUGUCAAGGUGGACGGAACCAAAUGCUUGCACGUGUACGUAGCCGGCAACACCGAGUGCCGCGACGAAGUUGUGGGUCACAACGGCCUGUCGAUCGUGACUCAAGUCGUGCUUCUCCUCGCGACCAACCCCGACGCAGACCUCGACGUUGGCUUCGAUACGCUCGCCGUGUGUUUGCAGUCUGAUUUCAUCCAGCAGUACCCCAUCGAACGUGCGUUGGUCGGGCCGUUGUUUGAUGCGCUCCAGCCGCACUUUCAGUCGCAACCGUCGUCGCUUGUGUUGAUGGCGGCGCUCGUGACCGACCACCUGCGGUACGCAACCGUGUGCGCGACGCACGCAAACGUUAUCGAAGCCUUGGUGCACUGUUUGGGCCAGCGAGAUCAAACCGUGGCAAAGUCGGCGCUCAAAGUCCUCCAGACGAUGUGUCCCAUCGGUCAGUGCGAUCCAUCGGUGGUCCACGCACUUGCAGCAGCGAACGCUCUUGUCGUUGUCAUGCAAUGGCUGUCGACGUUCGCGGCUGGCGCGAGCGACAUUGUCAUUCAAGAAGGCUUGCUUACCAUCGUGAUCGCGUUUUGUACUGUCGAAUACGCCGGAGCUGUAGUGGGCCACCAAGGAAUCUCCGUCUUGCUCUCGAUGUUCACAUACCAACCGGCUCUGUUGGAGCUCACGUGCCAAGCCCUAUCGCAGCUGGCCCUAGCAUCACCCGCCGUCCUGAACGAGAUCAUUCCGUUUGGAGCGGGUCAGGGCUUUGAAAAUAUCCUGGUCGACCUGCACUCGUCAAGCAGCUGCAAAAAGUCGGCCCUGGUGUUCUUCUCGCUCAUGGGCGAACACUCCUCGGACAUUAUCUUGUCCCGUCGCGGUGCAAAGGCGCUGUUCCAACUCGCGACAGACAGUUCGUUGCAAAAGCUCGCACUCGCCGCAGUCGACAACCUCACAGGGUACAACCGCAUGAGUCGCCGUCUUGAGUUGCAGGCCCACGUCGUGGAGGAGCUGUACACGUCGGUGCUGCAUCCAAUACUCGCGCACGGGUCAACCGACCGAGACGUGCUGUCGGCGGCACUGAAGAUCGUGCACAAUGCUUCGCACUUGCCGUCGCUGCUUGACCAGAGCGUUCUCACGGCGGUGCUGGCGUGCAUCCAACGCCAUGACCUUCCCGUCCUGACCUGGGAUGUCGUCCUCCAGUGCCUGCAAUGCGCUGCCACGACCGCUUGGAACAACGUGUCGACUAUCCAAGGCAUUUACGAACACAUCUUCUCGACGCUCGUGGACCAACCGGACUCGUCCGUCGCCAUGACUGUCCUCCGAUGCGUCGAAGUUGGUCUGGCGCAUCCCACGUGGAAAGUCGUGUUUGUCGGGUGCGCCCUGCACCGUCAGCAAGCGUUUAUUGACUUUUGCGAAGCGUUGGCGGAACGAUUGGACCGAGCGUUCUCUGCCGUCCCAGCCGAACUCGUCACGAUUCUGUCGGUGGUGUCUGCACUGUGUGGCAUCCGCCGCCUCACGUCGCUUCUCCUUCAAGGCGAGUUGCACGUAAGCGUGUUGAGAGGCCUCAAGGCCCGUGACGCUGUCGACGUUGUCCUCUCGUGCCUGCAGGCGUUCCUGCCCCACGCUGCGUUUCAAAACACUGUGCUUGGCGACCUCCCAUCGUUCCAUCGACUAGUCCAGCUCUACAGCCAGGACAACAUGGCGGCGGCGCAGAUCUUGUGCGCGUUGUCGCAGAACGCGCAGCAAUUUCCCGUGUCGUCGGCGCUGGUGACGACAUUGCUGUACCAAGUGGAAUUCUCGGCGACCGCUUCCAAGACAAUGUCCGAACGGAUUCUGAGCAACCUCACGGACGGCCACACGUACAAGGAGCAACCGAUUUGGUCGCACAUCGUCGAGACGCGCAACUUGCGCAUCUUGAACGAGAUCAUGGCGCUGACGACACAACCUCACGUGCUCGUAGCUGCAAUCGGAUGUGGACAGCUCAUUGUCGACGCGGCGUCCCCCGAAUCCAGCAGCUUCCGGAACUCGUUGCUGCGGUUGCUUGUGUCGUCGUCGCAAGUCCAAGUGCGUAGCAUGUGCGUGGAGGCCCUGGCGACGAUGGUGCGAGUCAACCGGGACGUGGUCGCAUCCGACGCGAUCGAGUUUUUCGAUCCGCCGACCGCCCGAGCGAUUUUGAGCGCCCUGCCGUCACACCCACUGGCAGUGGCAGCGCUGGUCCAGUUUGCGAUUGAGAUGCACUGGGAUCUGGCACCGUUUUGGCAACAAGUGACAGCAUAUCGCAUGCGCAACAAGUUUGUCGAGUUGCUCAGCAACGCUCCACCAACGGAACAGAGCGGUGCCAUGGCCCUCACGGCGUUUAUGCGUUCGGCCAAGGUGUUGAAAACGCGCGAAGUCAAUUCUUUGAUGCAUGUAGCCACCCGCGUUCCCGACCAGAUCAAAGCAACCACGGAUCGCGCCAACCUGACCGUGUGGCUCAACCUCAUGCUCGAGAUGAGCGCCGUGUCUCGACUCGCCCAGGCCUUGAUUGACGGAAACGGUGUCGAGUGCAUGAUGGAGAGCUUGGGACAGCACGACGCGUGCCAGUCGAUCUUGAUCAACCUCCUGCACAACAAGUCGGCGACGGAGCGCCUCUUGAAUGGCCAUGGCGUCGCACGGCUACUAUCUCUUGUCGACUCGAACAAGGCCAAUUCGACAGUCUUGUUGGAACUGCUCGGGAUCCUGAAUGCGAUCGCGCACAAAGAGAAAGCGUUCCGUGUGGCCAUGUCGGGGUCGUUGAAGCUCUUCUCUCAGCUGCUGGAACAGUCUAUCCAACUGCCUUACAUCCACGAGUACUCUGUGCUCGACUCGUCAUCGUCCGCGUUGUCAAGUCCAGUGUACGACGUGGCGGUCGCAUCGCCCGUUGUCCAAGUGCUUGUCUCGCUGUGCGAAUUGCACGAAAUCCGCGUGCAAGUGGUCCUCGUGCCAGAAAUCUUUGCCGAGUUGUACAUGUUGCUACAACACGCCGCCGUGUCCGACGACAUGCCGGAUCAACUCACGAUCGACUCGUUGAAAUUGAUUCAGUACCGCGUGAUCGGGUCGAACGGCGGCGGCGCGACAAUCACCCACGACGACAUGCAUGUCCUCUUGGAUAUCGUCGUGGGUUUGGCGCAGCGCCAGGACUCCCUUCCCGUGCACCUCCACGUGAUGGAAACCCUCCAUGCCCUGUGGUGUGCGGCGCCAGCGACGCCGUUUUACGAAGACAAUCGGUGGCGUUUGGCUAUGGACCAUCUGUCGUCGAUGUUGUUGGCCGCGUACCCGAAGGGCGCUCCAUCGGAUGUUCAGGCUUUGCUGCUGCCCCUUGCGGCCGAUUUGGGGCGCCACCGAACGGUUGUCUUCCCCUCGGAACUGCUGCAGUGGCUCGUCCUGUCGUCGUUUGACGCCAACAAUUCGCUCGUGUACCCGUUGCUCGUCCAGCUCUGCUGCACAUCGCCGAGUUUUCACUUGUUCCUCAAAACCCACUCCCGCAUCGUUGCUGGCCUGCGCACGAGUGUGCAUCCUCUCGCCCGACGCGUGUAUGUCCUUCUCGGACAAGACGUUGUGGCUACCACGGACAACGAUGACUCGGCAUCGCACCAAGGCGAUGACGAGGACGAAGUCGACGAAGGAAAGCCCGAUACAACCGUCGGGUUUGUCGAGGAUUCCGUCGCAUGUCCGCGUGGACUCGAUGCGCCGACCGUCGAUGACGACUUGGACCAAGCGUUGCUGAACCUUCCGCCGAAUACAACGACGACGGGGGUGCCAGAUCCGAUCGCUCCUGUCUCGUCUGCGCCAUACCUGACCCACGAAAACAACGAGCUGCACCGAUCGUCGCGCGGGGCAUCACAGUCCACUCCGAACGAUUCGACAAGGUAUGGGUCAUCGGACGCGUGGUCCGCCUCACCUGCUGCCGCCACCACAACACACGACGAGCCGGUUACGUGCCAUCACUGCUCUGGCAUUGUCCCUGUUCCGGCAGAGGUCAUGGCGUAUUUGGAUUUGGUACCAUGCCCCCAUUGCCAACUUCCCUUGGGGUGCGGCCCCGCGGCGGCGUCGAAUGCCUCGACGAAAACUGUGUCGUGCUUCAAGUGCUACCGGCCGCUGCAUUUGCCCGAGGGGUUGGAUCUGCCCGACGUGAAGUGCCCCUUCUGCAACGCCGUCAAUGUAUUGAAGCAGCCCAAUGCAACACCGACCGCGCCCGCCGGCCCUCGCCCCAAAACGAUGCGGUGCGGGUAUUGCUCCCAUACCUUUCAGGCCCAGUCGCACCAGCCGACGAUUCAGUGCCCUCAAUGCAACAACGUCUCUCGCGUCGAUGGCUUUGACUCCAUGAUCAAAGUCAACUGCGCCAGCUGUGGGACGUUGCUCGCGUUGCCGGCAGGCGUCACGUCGUACAAGUGCAUGAAGUGCGCGCACGUUCAACGGUAGUGCCGUGUGCUGCGCUGGAAACAACGAGGACCGCGCGACGAUGGUGCCGAUGUUAUGUCGAGUACUAGGUCGAGUCCAUUAAGCUGAGCAAGUCGUCGGAGUCGCCGUCUCC